AUGAGGUUCUUCACUGCCUCAGUGCUCGGGCUAUUUGUGCCCAGCCUAGCUGCUGCAUCCAACCUCAGCACUCCGACCCAGCUCACCCUCCCAUCAGACUUCAAGCCCCCGCAGGUCUUCAAGAACACCAAUUUGGUUCGGAACACCAACCUGGAGAAGAGCUAUGUCCGUGAGACCAUCAAUGUUGUCGUGGAGAAUGUCGACAAGCAACCACAGAGCGACUACUAUAUCCCCUUCCCUUCGGACGUGUUUGACCGCGUAGGCGGCUUUGAAGUCCGAGAUAAGAAGGCGACCGACAAGGGAAGAUUCGAGGUGGAUGCCACUGAGGUUGUGUCAUCCAGUAGCAACCAGUACUUCGUGGUUCACUUCCCCGAGCCGUUGGCCCCGAAAUCGCAGAUCACUCUUGGAAUCUCCUACUCCAUUUUGAACUCCCUGGCCCCGCGCCCCGCCGUCAUUCAGCAAGCCGACAAGCAAUACCUUACCUACAGCUUCUCCGCCUACGUCCCAUCGGCCUACCAGACCGUUACACAGAAGACCAAGGUCAAAUUCCCCAGCACCAACGUGCCCGACUACACCGAGACCUCGGACCUCAAGUCCGGUGCCGACCCCGAGCGCAAGGGCGCCACCUACACCUACGGUCCGUACGAGACGGCCAAGCUGGCCCCCGGCACCGAAUACCCGGUUACCGUCCGCUACGAGUUCACCAACCCUGUGAUCACUGCCCACCUCCUUGAACGUGACGUGGAAGUUUCCCACUGGGGCGGUAACCUGGCCACCGAGGAGCGAUACUGGCUGCGCAACAACGGCUCAGAGCUGGCCAACCAAUUCUCGCGCGUGGAGUGGACAUUCUCCGCCUACCAAAAGGCGCCGACCUCGGCCGUGCGUGAGAUCACAUACCCUCUGCAGCCCGGCUCCGUCGACCCCUACUUCACCGACGACAUUGGCAACGUCUCGACCAGCAAGUACCGCCCCGGCAACGGCAAGACCGCCGCCCACCUGGAGCUGAAGCCUCGCUACCCGAUAUUCGGUGGCUGGAACUACAGCUUCAAAGUGGGCUGGAACAACGAUCUGGGCCGGUUCCUGCACCAGAUCAAGGGUGCCGACUCGUACGUUCUUAAGGUGCCGUUCCUUCAGGGCCCCAAGGUUGCUGAGGGGAUCCAGUACGAGCGCGUUGUUGUUCGCGUUGUUCUGCCCGAGGGUGCGCACAAUGUUCGCUACCAGACCGUCGAGGGCGCCAACAGCAACGGUCUGCCCGGUGCGAACCACAUCCGCGCUAGCCUCUCUUCCUUCAAGACCUACAUGGACACCCUCGGACGGACUACGUUGACCCUGGAGGUUGACAGCUUGACCGAUGAAGCGCGCGAUGCGCAGCUCGUGGUGACUUACGAUCACACCUUGAUGGAUGCCCUGCGCAAGCCACUUACCAUCUUCGCUGGCUUGGUGUCUGUCUUCUUUGCCGCAUGGGCCAUCGGCAACAUCGACAUCAGCAUCAAGAAGAGGUAG